AUGUCUACUACGGGGUUUCACAAUGGGCCCGAUGAUGGGGGCUUGAAACAGCGAAUUGGCUCUUCUAGGCUCCAAGAUACAACUCCGGAUGUGGAGCGAGAGGACGAGACAAAAAGCUUGAACAGCACCAAGCAGAGCCCUUUGGAAAAUUUGGAACGUUUCGUGAUGCCUGUGGUCUUCACAAUACUGGCGUUUUUCACUAGAAUGUACAAGAUCGGUGUCAACAAUCAUGUCGUGUGGGAUGAAGCGCAUUUUGGAAAAUUCGGGUCUUACUACCUUAGACACGAAUUUUACCAUGACGUGCAUCCACCACUUGGAAAGAUGCUGGUAGGUCUCUCCGGAUUUAUCGCUGGCUACAACGGUUCUUGGGACUUUCCCUCCGGCGAAGAGUUCCCAGACUACCUCGACUACGUGAAAAUGAGAAUCUUCAAUGCAACAUUUUCAGCCCUAUGUGUUCCAGUUGCCUAUUUCACAGCCAAGGCGAUUGGCUUCUCGCUGCCAACAGUCUGGCUGUUCACUAUACUGGUCAUUUUCGAAAACUCGUACGCCACGUUGGGCAGAUUCAUUCUAUUGGAUUCAAUGUUACUUUUCUUCACAGUUCUCGCUGUAUACUGCUUUGUCAUGUUUCAUAAUCAGAGAUCCAAACCUUUCUCCAGAAAAUGGUGGAAGUGGCUCCUGUUGACCGGUCUAUCUCUCGGAUGUUCUAUCUCUGUAAAGAUGGUUGGACUUUUCGUGAUUACUUUGGUUGGCAUCUAUACCGUGAUUGACUUGUGGAAUAUGCUUGGUGACAUGAAAAUGUCGAGAACUACUUAUGUUAACCAUUGGCUUUCCAGAAUCGUCUGUCUGAUCGUUGUUCCAUUUUUAGUGUUUUUGGCUUGUUUCAAAGUUCAUUUUGAUCUUUUAUCUCAUACUGGAACUGGUGAUGCAAACAUGCCUUCUCUGUUUCAAGCCGGCUUAAUUGGUAGUGAUGUCGGAGACGGUCCUCGCGACGUUGCAGUGGGCUCCUCUUUGGUAAGCAUAAAGAAUCAAGCUUUGGGUGGGGCAUUGUUGCAUUCUCACGUCCAAGCAUUCCCAGAGGGAUCGAAUCAACAACAAGUUACCUGUUAUGGCCACAAGGAUAGCAAUAAUAAUUGGAUUUUCGACAGAAUCAGGUCUUUUCCACCUUGGAGUGAAGAAGAGACUGAUGUGGAAUUUGUUCAACCUGGCGCUUCUUACAGAAUCGUUCAUCCAAAUACUGGCAAAAAUUUACACACUCACCCUAUUCCGGCACCUUUGACCAAGUCUGCGUGGGAAGUCUCAGGGUACGGUACGGCCGAUGUGGGCGAUCCAAAAGAUCAUUGGGUAUUGGAAGUUGUCGCUCAACAUGGCUCCGAGAACUCAUCCCGUUUGCAUCCAUUGACUAGUUCGUUCCGCAUCAAAAAUGCGGAACUUGGAUGUUAUUUAGCUCAAACUGGUAACAGUUUACCAGAGUGGGGCUUCAGACAAAGCGAAGUCGCAUGCUUAAAAAAUCCUUUCAAAAGGGAUAAAAGAACUUGGUGGAACAUUGAAACCCACACCAAUGAUAAACUACCAGAAAGACCUGCUGACUUCACAUAUCCAAAGCUGAACUUUAUCAAAAACUUCAUUCAUCUAAACUUGGCUAUGAUGGCAACAAAUAAUGCCUUGGUUCCCGAUGCGGAUAAGCUUGACAACUUGGCUUCAGCUGCCUGGCAAUGGCCCACUUUGAAUGUUGGUAUUAGACUAUGUGGGUGGGGUGACGAUACUGUUAAGUAUUUUUUGAUGGGUUCUCCCGCCUCCACUUGGUUGUCCACUUUAGCAGUUAUAGCUUUUAUGGCCCUAGUCGUUGUAUUGAUCAUUAGAUGGCAAAGACAGUACGUCGAUCUAUCAAAAUCUCGCGAUUUUAAUCUAUUCAUGAUGGGUGGGUUUUAUCCGCUAUUAGGAUGGGGUUUGCAUUAUAUGCCUUUUGUGAUCAUGAGUAGAGUUACUUAUGUUCACCACUAUCUCCCUGCUCUCUAUUUUGCUUUGCUAAUUCUAUCGUAUCUUUUCGAAGCUGGCCUAAAGGGCUUGAGUCAAUCGAAAUUAGGAAGCCUAGCCAGGACAACAAUCUACAUUACUUACGCCUCCAUUGUGAUAUAUGGCUUUUACUACUUUGCCCCAAUCACAUUCGGAAUGGACGGCCCUUCAAGAGAUUUCUCUUACAUGAAUUGGUUUAAGUCCUGGACAAUCUCAUAA